ACACUGAUGACGUGUCGGUUUGUUUACAGCGGUGUUGCCGUAGUCGCAUAGACAUGGCUGUUGAUAUAACUUUACUUUUCAAAGCCAGUGUUAAGACUGUAAAGACGAGAAACAAGGCGAUAGGAAUAGGCUUUGACUCCACGAAAGAUGAGAUUUUCAAAAGGAGCAGACCUAAGAGUGGCUUUUCUCCGAAGGCGAAAGAAGUGAUCACAAACAUCACCAAGCUCAAAGACUUUCUGCUGCAACACAGGAAAGAUUAUGUGAGCGCCGGAAGCCUCAUCUCAUCAGACAUCAGCCGUAUGACAGACAGUGAACGAGAUCAGAUCGACCAGGAUGCUCAGAUCUUUAUGAGGACCUGCUUUGAAGCCAUCAAGCAGCUACGCAAUGAAGCUGAGAAGCAGGUGACGUCAGCUCAGAUAAAGGAGCACAGAGGGGCAGUGCUGGACCUCAUUGAAAUGUAUCUGAAAGGAGUUUGUAAACUGUACUCAGAGCAGAGAGCGAUCCGAGUCAAGAGGGUGGUGGAUAAGAAGAGACUGUCACGGUUGAUAUCAGACCACCACCACCGAGAGGAGAAACCGGUGGAGGUGGAGCCGACAGAGGAGAAGGCUGUAAAGGACGACAGCACUGUGGAGAAGAGUGUGUCCGAGGUCCUGGAUAACACUGUCAACCCGUGGGAGGAGGGCCGAGUGGAGGAUGAGCUCUCCCCGGAGGAAAUCCAGAUGUUUGAGCAGGAAAACCAGAGGCUGGUUAGUGAAAUGAACAAUCUGGUCGAUGAAGUCAGGCAAAUCGAGGGGAAAGUGGUGGAGAUCUCUCGACUUCAGGAGAUCUUUGCUGAAAAAGUCCUUCAACAAGAAACAGAGAUAGACAAUAUUCACCAGCUGGUAGUUGGUGCUACAGAGAAUGUUAAAGAAGGGAAUGAAGAUAUACGGGAGGCAAUUAAAAACAACGCUGGCUUCAGGGUGUGGAUCCUUUUCUUCCUGGUCAUGUGCUCAUUCUCUCUUCUCUUCUUGGAUUGGUACGACAGCUAACACCACCUCUGACAUGGACUCUGUAGGACAGGACACAUCUGUCUGGCUCUGGCUCAUGCUGGGUACGUCCUAAAAGCAGCGACGACAACACUGAGACUGAAUGUACGGUUUAAUGAGCCGGACCUGGUGGACAGAAAGACACAUCAUCAUCAAAUUGUUCUGGAGGAUUUAGUGUUUAAGCGUGGGAAGGUCUUUAAUUUUAUUAUCUAACAGUCUUCGUCCGGAGCUUUCAGAUCAGCUUUGACAUAAAAAGGCACUUCCUCCAGCUGAUGCUUUCUUUAACUGGAGCUACACGUCACUGUAAAACUGA